AUGCCGCCUAAGAAAGUGACCUUUGGAAGGCAUACUCAUCCUCAUCACCGGUUCCUGGUGUCGAGUGCCUGGCUUCUGUCCUUCCUUCCGCCUCCCUUUUCCAACUCCGCUUCUCAAGUGGUCCCUGCUACACCGCAAAAUCAUUGUCUGGUUGAUCUAGAGCCGGUGAUGCCCAUGCCCGUGCCCAUGUCCAUGCCUAAGCAUCUUCCUUUCCCCAUGCUUCAGACUCGUCGCCCACUUAUCCUCUUUCUCAUCCCCACCCACAUUGCACCUCAUUCUUUGGGGUCCUGUUUCCGGAACGUCGGUGUGAAACUGCAUCGCUUCCCUUUUUCCACUAUUGAAUUGCAUGGAGCACCUUCCUCUUGUCUCUCAUGUUGUCAGUUCCAUCUAAUCCUAUGGCACUGGUUAGUUGUUCGUGCCACGUGGACAAUUUACUGCAGUCUGAAAAGUAACCACCAAUCAACGACGGGGCAGCAAGCCUGUGUGCUGUUGUCUGGCCAAUCAGAGCAAGCCGAGCGCGGACCAAUAGGCGGUCAGGCAGUCAGCUCUGUCAGCUGCCAAUCGGUUGUUGGCCAAUCAGCUGGCUGCAAUCUCAGCCUCUCCGCGGCUCGUCGACACAUCAUUUUCGUUUUAUCUGAGCCGCCCAGCCAGAUAGUCCCCAUUCCCUUCGUCGUCAUAAUGUGGCUCGUCCGAGUGUGCAGAGCUGUGGUCGCCUUGCUUGCGCCUCUGUUUGGCCUGCAGCUCAGUCUGGGCCCCGGGCUGUACCACCUCUUUCUGCUGCUGGCCGAGCCGCAGGGUUUGUCCGGCCUGAACCAUCGCGCCUACGGCCAGGUCGAGUUGGAUCGCUUCAAACGACACAUCACCUACACCAUCAAAGAGGAGUCAGAGAUCGGCUCGUUCGUCGGCGACCUGCGCAUCGACUCGGACAUCGAGCAGGCCGUCCUGACAAUCGGUGACAGCGACGGCGACGGCGACGGCGACGGCGACAGCGUCGGCGUCGGCAUCGGCAACAGGACGCUUUGCUUUGAGUUGUACGACGACUCGACGGGCGGUCUGUUUCGUCUCGAGUUCACCAGUGGUCAACUGUUCGUGGCUCGUCGCAUCGACCGCGAGGCCAUCUGCCCCGGCCAGGCGGCCGACCAGCCCGAGCUGGGCCACUUUUCACGGCUGCCAGAUCCCGUCGACCAGGGCAACGGCAACGGCAACGGCAACGGCGAGGCGGACGGUGACAGCGACGUCAGGCGAGGCGGCCGCGAUUCCGUGACGGCGGUCUGUCAGCUCGAGUUGACCGUAUUCAUCGCGCCCAGCUUUUGGAUCAACGUUGUCGUCACGGUGCAGGACAUCAACGACCAUGAGCCCCGAUUCCCGCCGACGCCAGCGUCGCCGUCGCCGUCGCCGUCGCCGUCGCCAUCGGCGUCGGCGUUACCGUCGACGGGAGGUCGGCCUGACGGUGUGUCCUCGUCGGUCUACACAGUGCGCAUCUCCGAGGCCGUAGAGCCGGGCUACCAAGUGCCGUUGGUGGGCGCGAUCGACGAAGACAUCGGAGCCAACGGGAUCCAGACGUAUCGGUUGCACGGGGACGAGUUGACCCGUGACGGAAUGUUCGAGCUCCACUUUGAGCCACCGUACAGCCUCAAUCUGGUCGUGCUGGGCCGACUGGACACGGAGACAACGGCCAACUACUCGGGCCAUCUGGUCGCCUGUGACGCCGGUCUGCCGGUGGCCAAAUGCGGUCGACAAGCCCUCCUCGUCCUCGUCACCGACGUCAACGACAACAAGCCGGUCUUCGCGCAGCCCGGCUACCUGGUUACCGUGGAGGAGAGCGUAGCCGUGGGCGAAGUGAUUGCCCGCGUGUCGGCCGUCGAUGCCGACUCGGGCGCUUUCGGUCAACUCACCUACCACCUCGGACGGACAGCCGAGCCAGGCGUGACGCAACACUUCGCCGUGAGACUGGAUACCGGUGAAGUAGUCGUCAAGGCGGCGCUCAACGCUCGCCGACUACCCAAGGCGAGUCUGCCGAUUGUGGCGCGUGACGCUGGGCCCAUUCCGUUGCUGGGACAGACGGUGUUGCGUGUCGAGGUGCGCGAUGUCAACGAUCACCGGCCCUGGAUUCAGGUGCGUCCGAUAUUGCCCCUGACGACCGGCGAAACGACGCCGUUGGCGUCGACAUUGGCGUCGGCGUCGGCGUCGUCCAGCGUCGCGGGCCGGGUGACCAUGUCGAUUGUCGAGAACCGGCCGGCCGGCAGCGGCGUCGGUUUGGUCAUCUCGGGCGACGAGGACGUGGGUCGUAACAGCGAAGUGACGUGUCGCCUGACGACGGGGCAACGUGUGUUCCGGUUGGAGCACUCAAACGAGGCCAAGGGUCGCCAGAUCUACACGUUGGUGACGGCAACUCGACUUGAUCGCGAAGCGGCUCCGGCCAACGGGUUGUUGGGCGUCGGUAUUCGUUGCACGGACCGCGGUCUCCCGACGCCGCUGGCAACUGAGGAGGCGUUUGAGGUGGCCUUGUUGGACGAAGACGAGUUUGCGCCCCAGUUCGAGGCGGGGCUUGGCGAGCCAGUGACGGUUCGUGUCGAGGAGAAUCUGCCCGCGGGCAGUCCCGUCGUGCGGCUGACAGCCAGCGACGCCGACGCUACAGCCCGUCUUGUCUACAGCCUGUCAACCGAAGCGCAGGCCUUCUUCUCCGUCGAUCCGGCCACCGGGCAGGUGGUAACGCGACUGCGUUUGGAUCGCGAAGCGCAGCCGGACAUCGACUUUAUGCUGUUGGCCUCCGACGCCGUCGGUCCGAUGGCGACGGCGACGGCGACAGCAAAGUCGACUGCGACUGCCCGUGUACGCGUGCGAGUUCUGGUCACCGACGUGAACGACAAUGCG